AGUGUAUAUAUCUACUUGUAUAUACUAACACUCUUCUCAUUUCAAAAUUCUUGCAAUUUUCUCACAGAUGAGUAGCAUUUCAGCGUAAUCUCGCUGCAGAACUGGAAUUUUCGGCAACUGAAUCCCCUGUUUGUACUGUAAUCUCACCCUGAGAGAAGACGCAUUUCGUCUCCCUGCUCUCUAGCGCCGUUUAUGUGUUCACACUACCUUUAUCGAGCAAUUUUUACGGAGCUCAAAGAGUUACUUAGUUGAUCCCUAUUGAUAACUUGGAUUCGUCACCAUUGUGAACAAGCCCGUUGUUCGUUGGAUAAGAGUACAUAUUGCGUUAACGAAAUCAUGGGGACUGGAAUAUGUUCUACUCGGGUAUUAUUACCUUUUUGUGAGGAGAGUGGUGAUGAAGAACUGUCUGUUCUUCCAAGGCACACAAAAGUCAUUGUGACAGGAAACAAUAGAACAAAGAGUGUUCUGCUGGGACUGCAGGGUGUUGUCAAGAAGGCUGUUGGACUAGGCGGUUGGCAUUGGCUGGUUCUGAAGAAUGGUGUUGAAGUGAAGCUCCAAAGGAAUGCUCUGAGUGUGCUUGAGGCUCCCACUGGAGAUGAAGAAGAUGAUGAUUAUGACUUUAAUGACUCUAGCAGUGGUUCUGAAGUUGGUGAAAAAGACAAUCAUCACUUUUCAACUGGUGGUGUUGAGUUUAGAAAGGUUAGCCACCCAAGGGUUCGUUACACUCGGCCAUGGGUUCCGCCUACAUCUGCAAAAUCAAUCAGCCGUUGUAGCAACAAAGGUGUCGAAACUAAAUAUUGUCGUGUGUAUCAACAGAGAGUGAACUUCGCAAAAGUAGGAACCAGCUCAUUGUGGAGAUAUUGGCGAAACUACAACCUCCAAACUGUAAAUACUCCCAACCCCACCAAGGCUCAACUGGUCAGCGCGGUCCAGCGACAUUUUGCUUCACAGCGAGUUGACGAGGUGCAAGUGGUGGUGGAGUUCAUCCGCGCUGCAAAAAGACUGAGAUCAGCUCACCUGCGCUGAGAUUGAUUGAUUGGUUUAAGACUCGUGUGAUUGGAUUCUAUAACAAAUUUAUGUAAGCAUGUAUAUAUAAUGUAAAUACGUCUAAACACUAACUUAGUUUUCUGUUGCUAAUCUUAAACCUGGUAAGCACUAAUUGAGAUGGAGUGGCUGUGCAGUGGGAGCUUCUUUACCACCUCACUCCCAUAGUCCCAUAUCCUCUCUUGGACACUAACCUUGUAUUAAUAUCUUCUGCAUUUGACUCAGCUUGUCUUAUGUAGUAUAUAUAACCCUUCUAUGUCUUCUAA